AUGGUAUCACGGAAGAGAGUGGAUGUUCAGUAUGCCAACCCUGAAGUUGCCUCGAGUAUUUACGAGAGGCUGGGAGUGGACAUCUUGACCACGCCCACCACUUCCGGGAGAGAUGUGGAGGUUGAGCCACCGAGAAAGCGUUAUAUUCAAGCUGAUCAAGCAGUAUUUCAUUCAGGACCCACUCGUACAGCUGGCAGAGUGGUGCAAAAUGGAGUGGCAAAACCUCUGUUGAGCAAUGAACAAAUACAACAAUUCAUAACGUCCACAGUUCUUCCUAAAGGUCGCUCAGUCGCCAGCACUGAGACAGUGAACCCUAAUGUCACCGAUUGCACUGUGUAUCCUUCUCAACCUGGGACUAGGAUACAACAACAGACCAACUGCACAAAUGUGCAACCACAAUUGACUUUGAAUGAACUGAGAUCAGGACAGACCCUACAAUGGGUGUCCAUCCAGCAGCAAUCUCAGAAGACCAAGCAACAACUUGUCAUUAACAGCCAGGGAAACAUUCAUCCCUCAGACCAGACUACUUUUGCUGUCCAAAUUUUAAACCCGACUUUGACACAAGCAGAGCUCCAACAGCCAAUCUUUGCAAAUAAACUUAUUUUACCCACAAACUUUGAAACUCAGAGCUCUACUCCAACCAUUGUGACAGAUGGAUGGGUUAAUGGAACAAGACUACAAGUUCCUACCAACAUCCUCAGUGUUCCGUCAGCUACAGGAGUGUAUGGUCAGACCAUUCAACUACCACCUCAAGUGAUCAGUGGAGUCAGUGGUAACUCUUACUACAAUGGUGUAUACUCACCUGUGGUAACACCCACACCUAAUGUGACAACACCUGGACCAUCAGCUGAUUAUCCCGAGAGGUCUUCUGCUGUCCAGCUAGAAUCAUGGGGUCUUCGCCCACAGAGUGUCCCUACAUUUAAGGCACCAAUGGAGGCACAGACAAAGACCAAGUCCAAAAGGUCAAAGGAAAAGACUACUGCAAAUGUCUCUCAGGGACAAUAUGCUAGUGUUGGCAAAAAUUCACCUUCCAACAGCUCAGUUGCUAAAGGAAGUCGAAAUGAAAUGGAUGCUAAAGUCAUGAGACAGGCUGGGAAGCUAAUGGAAGCAUCUUUGCACCAAACUCAAAAUUCUGUCCCAACUCCUGCAACUCAGAAAGGUAGCAAGAAGGGAGCCAAGCGCAUUGUUGUUCCACCAAAGGUUCAGACAGACCCAGUGGAAUAUCCUCCAUAUGUUGCCAGAAUUAUGAGGAUCCUGAACAGGCAAAAACAGGGUCAGGUGGAAUCUAAUGAUGAUAACAAGGAAAGCGUUGAUUCCACACUCAAACAAAGUACCACUGCUGGAAAAGAUGUUAAGGACAGAACUGAGCCUAGUUCAAAACAAGCCCUUACCAAAAUGAAAUGUUUGCUGCAAGUUUGCGGCAAGCUUGCAGCAAGUUUGCGGCAAACAAAUCUAUGUACCAGAACAGUAUGCCAGAAGUGUGCAGUAAAUGCAGCUAGCAGCACACAGUAA